CCUUCACAAGCCUCCCCACCGAACAUCCUCCAAACACAACGUCUCCGACAGUAACAAUGCCGCAAUCCGCCCUCCUCCUCGGCUCCGGCUUCGUUGCCACGCCCACCGUCGAAUUGCUCGCCAACUCUGGCGUCCACGUCACUGUCGCCUCCCGCACCCUGGCCACGGCCCAGAAGCUCGCCGGCAGCUUCCCCAACGCCAAGGGCAUCAGCCUCGACGUCAACAACACCUCUGCUCUGGAGGACGCUGUCUCUCAGCACGAUGUCACCAUCUCUCUGAUCCCCUACACCUACCAUGCUGCUGUGAUCAAGGCCGCCAUCAAGGCGAAGAAGAAUGUCGUCACGACGUCGUACGUGUCGCCCGCAAUGGAGGAGCUGGAUGCGGAGUGCAAGGCUGCUGGCAUUACAGUCAUGAACGAGAUCGGACUUGACCCUGGUAUCGACCACCUCUACGCCGUCGACGUCAUUGAUCGCGUUCACAAGGAAGGAGGCUCUAUCAAGUCUUUCCGAAGCUUCUGUGGUGGCUUGCCCGCACCCGAGAACUCGGACAACCCUCUGGGAUACAAGUUCAGCUGGAGCAGCCGUGGAGUUCUUUUGGCGCUGAAGAACAACGCCAAGUACAUUGAGAAUGGCAAGGUGAUGGAUGUGAGUGGCGUGGAUCUCAUGGGAACCGCCAAGACCUACCACACCGGCUUCCUGGGCUUCAACUUCGUCGCCUACGGAAACCGAGACAGCACCGGCUACCUCGAGCGAUACAACAUCCCCGAGGCGGAGACCGUUGUUCGUGGCACCCUCCGUUACGCUGGCUUCCCGGAGUUUGUCAAGGUUCUCGUUGACAUUGGCUUCCUCCUUGUCGAGGAGCAGGACUUCCUGAAGGAGCCCAUCGCCUGGAAGGAGGCCACCCAGAAGAUCCUCGGCGCUAGCUCAUCAAGUGAGGAGGAUCUCCUUGCGGCAGUUUCGUCCAAGACAACUUUCAAGAGCGACGAUGAGAAGACCCAAUUGGUGUCAGGUCUCAAGUGGCUCGGUAUCUUCUCGGACUCCAAGAUUACCCCCAGGGGUAACCCCUUGGAUACGCUCUGUGCUACUCUUGAGCAAAAGAUGGCUUACGAGGAGGGUGAGCGUGACUUGGUGUUCCUCCAACAUCACUUCGAGGUUGUGAACAAGGACGGUAGCAAGGACACCAUCACUUCUACCCUCUGCGAGUACGGCGCUCCCAUUGGAUCUGGUGGUUACACAGCCAUGGCGAAGCUCGUGGGCGUCCCUUGUGGAGUAGCUGUCAAGCAAGUCCUCGAUGGCACCAUCUCAGAGAAGGGUAUCCUCGCGCCAGUGAACGCCGCCCUCAACAAGUCCUUGAUGAAGGAGCUGAAGGAUAACCACGGAAUCGAGUGUAUCGAGAAGACCUUGUAAUCCUAGGGGACGGGGAUAGCCGGCCGCCUGCUGAAUUGGCUGCCGGAUUGACGCUGACUGCUGCUGGCAUGUUCGCAUUAUGAGAUACUUGACGGACUGUUUCUUAGUAUCGGACAAUACUAGAAGAAAUCACGCGAGUUGGGAACCCCUUGCAAAAGAUCGUAAGGCUCUCGAGGAUGUUCAAAAACAUUGGAAAGAUUUCUUCCAACAUGGAUUGGCUUCCUGGAGGUGCAGCCGUAGACUUGAGCUCAUGGGCACUACCACUCGGCUUUGCGGAUUUGGACUUUAUAGAGAGUGCGGGUUGUAGCUUUUGUACAACGAAAAAAACAAGGAGUUUUGCUUCAACAUUGCCAAAUACAAAACUUGCUACAGGGUAAGUACAUAAUGACUCGAUUUGAGAGACGAAGACACG